AUGCCCGGCAGAAGAUUGGUUGCUCGUAAUUACAUUUUCCCUUUUUUGUCCGUAUGUGAAGACGCGUAUACGAGUUGUGGAGCCGAGGAAGCAGAAGUUCUGAUCCAAUCCAGCAGUUGGCAUCGAGGAUGUAAGAGAGGAAACUAUGGGAAUUCACAAGAGUUGUCUGCGGCCAUUGCUCAAAAUCCACCGGAUGCUAAAAUGCUUCAGAUGGUGGCUAACGUGUUUUUGACGGAUAUAGCGUUAAACGAAAACGGGAAACCAAUCGAUAAGUUUCAAAACAAGUUGAGACUUUGCUUCCAUGACUUCUCGAAGAAAUGCGCUGAUGCACUCGUGCUGAACAAGCAACUUAUACUCCCUGAUCAGUUGGCUUAUCAGACUGAGCUACAAAAGAACUACGUUGAAUUUACUCGUAAAAUGGCUCCAAUUAUGGGUGGAACAACACGAGCUAAUGACCGUAAGGAUUUGGUCACUAAUGCAGAGCACGCCUUAGCCGUUGCUGCUGAGAUUGGCCCUGUGACUUCUGUGUGA